CACACAAAUCUCAAUAGCUCCUUCUCUUGAGUGCUUCAAUAGCAACAAGAAAGAGCUUUCACUUAAAGUUUUAGAGUGCAGGAUGCCGGCUGUACAUUCCCGUCCGGCAAAUUUGACGCCGCCGUUGGUUGAAAAUGAUGGAACAGAUGAUACUGAAAUUUCACUUGGUCAGCCAAGUAACAUGAUGGAUAAUCAACCUAAUUCAAUGGAAAAUGUAACAAAUACCUUGGAUACUUCAAUUGGUCAAGACCUUGGUGGUGGUGAUGAUCAUAAUGAUGAUCAAGAAGAAGGUGAGACUGCUACUGGCAAGCGAAAGCGCUAUCAUCGUCACACUCAGCAUCAGAUCCAGGAGUUGGAAGCGUACUUUAAGGAGUGUCCCCACCCAGAUGACAAGCAAAGGAAGGAGCUGAGUCGCGAGUUAGGGUUAGAGCCCUUGCAGGUCAAGUUUUGGUUCCAGAACAAGAGGACUCAAAUGAAGAAUCAACUUGAGAGGCACGAGAACACACAUCUUCGCAUUGAAAUUGAGAGGAUGAAGUCAGAAAUGCUGAGGCUCAAAGAAGCUUUGGGCAAUCUAUCUUGCCCUACUUGUGGUGGCCAUCGUAUCAACAUUGGUGAUUUGUCUUUUGAAGAACGCCAAUUAAGGAACGAAAAUGCAAGACUCAAAGAAGAGAUCGAACGUAUCUCAUCUAUGGCUGGAAGAGUUGUUGGAAAAUCUGUAUUUCCAAACAACAACAAUGGUUACAACUCUGCUCCUCCUGUUGAUUUUGGAGUUCUUCCUGCUUACUCGAUGCCACAACGCGUCGAUGGAAAUGGUGGAUUUGAGGAUGUUCCAAUUAUGAGUUCAAUGAUUAUUCCACCAAUUAGUGAAAUUGAAAAGCCCUUUAUCAUUGAGCUUGUUAUGGCAGCUAUGGAUGAAUUUGUUCAAAUGGCAUAUAUACAUGAACCACUUUGGUUCCCUAGCAUUGAAAAUGCAUCAUUUAUGCUAAAUGAAGAUGAAUAUUUUAGGGUUUUUCCUAGGGGAAUUGGGCCUAGACCUAUUGGAUUUGUUACUGAGGCUACAAGGGAUGGUUCUAUUGUCAUAAUGAACAAGCUUGACCUAGUUCAAAUUCUCAUGAAUGUGAAUCAUUGGGCCAGUAUUUUCUCUGGCAUUGUCUCAAGGGCUUCAUGUGUUGAUGUGAUAUCAACUGGAGGUGCCGGAAAUCCCAAUGGAGUAAUACAAGUGAUACUAGCUGAAACUCAAGUUGCAUCUCCACAAGUUCCAACUAGGGAAUUCUACUUUGCUAGGUAUUGCAAGCUCAGAGUUGAUGGAACAUGGGCAAUUGUCGAUGUUUCAUUGGACCAGUUACGCGCUGGUCCAGCUCUUAGGUCUCGAAAAAGGCCAUCUGGAUGCCUUAUUGAAGAUGCACCAAAUGGAUGCUCUAAGGUAACUUGGGUUGAGCAUGUUGAAGUUGAUGCUUCGACAGUGCAUACUAUUUACAAGCCACUAGUGAGUUCUGGUCUUGCAUUUGGUGCGAAGCGUUGGCUCGCUGCUCUUGAUCGACAGUGUGACCGUAUUGCAAGUGUUAUGGUCACACCUACUCCAAACAAUGAUGACAUGUUGCUAACAACUGAGGAGAGUAGAAAGAGUGUGUUGAAAUUGGCUGAGAGAAUGAUUAAUAUUUUUAGCUCUGGAGUGAGUGCAACUGUUGGUAAUCAAUGGACAACUGUGUCAGCAGGAAAUGGCACUGAUGAAAAUGUUAGAAUUAUGACUAGGAAAACUGUUGGUGAUCCUAGUAGACCACCUGGUAUUGUCCUAAGUGCUGCUACUUCAUUCUGGCUCCCUAUUGCUCCGAAAACCGUGUUCGAUUACCUCCGUAAUGAGAACACGCGUAUCGAGUGGGACAUUCUAUCCAAUGGAAGUCCACUCCAAGAAAUUGCUCAGAUUGCUAAUGGUACUCAGACAGGCAAUUGUGUCUCUUUACUAAGGAUGAUUGGUGAGAAUGAUAACCAGAGCCACAUUGUGAUUCUCCAAGAGAGUAGCACUGAUCCAACAGGAUCUUAUGUGAUCUAUGCACCAGUUGAAAUCUGCACAAUGAACACUAUCUUGAAUGGUGGAGAUCCAGAGUCUGUUUCUCUUCUGCCUUCUGGUUUCGCGAUUCUCCCCGAUGGUCCACCAGGAGUCAGGGGAACUUAUAAUCAUGGCUCUGGUGGAUCUUUGCUCACCGUCGCGUUUCAGAUUAUGGUUGAGUUCGUCCCUGUUGCUAACAUCUCAUUGGGAUCUGUUGCUACCGUCAACAAUUUGAUUGCUUGCACUAUUGAAAGGAUCAAGGCUGCCCUCUUACCUCAGCCAACUUGAUCGCGUUCCCUGGUAGGGUGAUAAUAAGGAAUAAAGAGGAAGUCAAGAGCGCACCUUUCAACUUUCUAUUACAAGAAGAAAUAUUUUAUUUUUUUUUGUUUUAGGGUAAAGAGGUUCGUGAAAUGACUUCUUGUGGCAAUAUUCCAUAGAUAGGAA